AUGAUGCCACGGCAUCAAGGAAGCGGAUUUUCCAACGGAUAUCCCAGAGGCAACACGUUUGACAUAUCUCCCCAUAGAUUUCAACCUCGUACUUCAGCACCGGGGAACCGACGACAGAGAAAAUUUCUCAUUCGAGUUGGCCUUGCAGUGAUUGGACUGCUUGUCAUUAGUGUUUGGUUAUGGCCCUCUAACCCAAUCCUCUCUGUUGUAUCUCUAGGCUUGUUCUCUGCGACGAACGAUGUCGAGCUCGAAACCGUCCGAUACUAUGAUCUCAGCAAUGUUCAAGGUACUGCACGGGGCUGGGAACGCGAAGAACGUAUUCUCUUGUGCGUCCCUUUGCGUGACGCAGAAGCGCAUUUGGCAAUGUUUUUCUCCCAUUUGCGCAAUUUCACAUACCCUCAUCAUUUGAUCGACCUUGCCUUCUUGGUGUCCGACUCUAAAGAUCGAACAUUACAGGUGCUCACCGACAAUUUGGAACGAAUCCAGGCCGAUCCUGAUCCUAAACAGCCUUAUGGAGAAGUGUCCAUUAUUGAGAAAGAUUUUGGUCAAAAGGUCAACCAAGAUGUUGAAAGCCGACAUGGAUUCGCAGCACAAGCCAGUCGAAGAAAGCUAAUGGCUCAGGCCAGAAAUUGGCUUCUCAGUGCAGCUUUAAGACCAUAUCACUCUUGGGUUUAUUGGCGAGAUGUAGAUGUAGAGACUGCGCCCUUCACCAUACUCGAGGAUCUUAUGCGUCAUAAUAAAGACGUCAUUGUGCCAAACGUCUGGCGACCCCUACCGGAUUGGCUCGGUGGCGAACAACCAUACGAUUUGAACUCUUGGCAAGAAUCAGAGACUGCGUUAGCGCUUGCCGACACCUUGGAUGAAGAUGCUGUGAUUGUGGAAGGCUACGCCGAGUACGCUACCUGGCGACCUCACCUGGCAUAUCUACGUGACCCUUAUGGCGAUCCAGAUAUGGAAAUGGAGAUCGACGGCGUUGGCGGUGUCAGCAUUCUAGCCAAAGCUAAAGUCUUUCGAACCGGUGUUCACUUCCCAGCUUUUAGCUUUCAAAAGCAUGCUGAGACAGAGGGCUUUGGAAAGAUGGCCAAGAGAAUGCAGUACUCUGUGGUAGGAUUGCCACACUACGUGAUUUGGCAUCUCUAUGAACCUAGUGUAGACGACAUUCGUCACAUGGAGGAGAUGGAGCAGGAACGAAUUGCUCGUGAGAAGGAAGAGCAGGAGAAGAAACUCAAGGAGCAGAAAUUGAAAGAAGAAUUUGGUGACGCAAGUAGUCAGUGGGAGAAGGAUAAGAAAGAAAUGAGGGAGCAACAGCAACAGUCAAAGCGGUCCAGUGUAGCUUCUCCAGAAUUACAUCAAGCCGAAGACGCUGCGAAGGACUCCGGGGUCAUUGCUUGA